AUGAUGAGAAGGAAGACGGAUCGGGAGCAGGAGUGGCGGAGUCAGCAGGCGCUGCGGAGGCGGCGAAGCGGGCGGGGAUACGGACAAGCAGCUCAAGCGGCGUUUGGCGGCAGCACAGGCGACAACGGGGAGAGCGGGAAGGAGAGCGAUGGUGAAGGGGGGGCUGCUGAUGGAGCUGUCUGGUGGGCAAUUGACGAGCCCGAAGCCGGCAAGCAUAGGCGCUUGACCUCAGAGCGCAGGCGCACUGACUGCCUGGGCAACCUGCGGGUCACAAGCAGUGUAGCAGCCACUCCGCACCUGUUUCUCCCGUGCCAAGUCUGCACAAAUUCUCACCCCUACCCCUAUGGUGUGGUGUCUAUGCCCACCCGCUUACUCUCCCAUUCCCGCCUCCUCCAACCCAGUCCAUGUCUACCGUUUCCGCGCCGCACCUGCUACUCGUGCACCCAUUCCUGGCCCAUGACUUCCCUCCCCUGCAACAUGGGCGCACUGUUCAAGGGAGAAUCCGCGGGCUGCUGGGUGCACUCCUUGCCAGGCGGCAACGCACCUUCCCGUUCGCUGCCCAUUGCCCUCUUUUUUCCCCCCCGCGCCCCUCCCUCCACCAGCGCCGCACCUGCUUCUCCUGCGCUGAUUUCUGGCCCUCUUUCACCUGUGCCCUACAACUUGGGCGCACUCUUCACGGGGAACCUGCGGGCUGCUCAGUGCACUCCUCAAGGAAGUGCUCUGGUCCGUUAUGCACCACGAGCCAUGGCACGCGACUCCGCAACUCACACACCCACUCGUGGCCCAGCAUUCGUGCGUCUACAGCAUGGGCGCACUGUUCACAGACAACUUGUGCGUUGCUCAGUGCACUCGGAGCUGCUAAGGGGGAGGCUUCAGGCGAUGUUGGGCUUGGCUAUUGGGUACCCAGAUGAUUGCCCACCUACAGUCACCCAUCUGCCACCUACAGUCACCCAUCUGCCACCUACAGUCAACCAUCUGUCACCUACAGUCACCCAUCUGCCACCUACAGUCACCCAUCUGCCACCUACAGUCAACCAUCUGCCACCUACAGUCACCCAUCUGCCACCUACAGUCACCCAUCUGCCACCUACAGUCACCCAUCUGCCACCUACAGUCACCCAUCUGCCACCUACAGUCACCCAUCUACCACCUACAGUCACCCAUCCUGUCAUCGCACCUUCAGGCACCACAUCUCCCUCCCAUCCACGACAGUCUCAUAUGCUGUCACCCCAUGCCCCCUCCAUCCACACGCCUGUCAGCCCUACUGUGCCAACUGUCCGCCUUCCUAUCCUGUAUCCUUUCCAUCCCCACCGCACACCACCCAUAAUCCCACACAUCGUCCCAUCCCUUCCCGUACCCUCCAUAUUCAUUCCACUCACUCGACCCUUCUGCACCCCCUUCUCAUCGCGUUUACCAUGGAGAUGGUGCCUCGACUGA